CACCGGCGGGGCGGCGCCGGUAAACACCGCCACGUGCGGCGGCGGAGGCGGCGGGGGCCGGGCCAGCGCCGCGCUUCCGGCAACACGGCGCGGCGCCGCCGCAUAAAUAGCGCGGCGCGGCGCGGCGCCCGCAGCCCUGCUGCGGUACGACUGACCUGUUCUGCAUCGCUCUGCACCGCUCCGCCUCGGCGCCGCACCAGCCCGCGCCGCCGCCAUGCCGUUCCUGGGGCAGGACUGGCGCUCCCCCGGGCAGAGCUGGGUGAAGACGGCUGACGGCUGGACGCGCUUCCUCGACGAGAAGAGCGGCAGCUACGUGGGCGAUAUCAGCAGCUUUUGUAAAAAGGAAGAUCACAACGAAGAGAAUCUCUUCAACAGCCUGAACUAUGAUGUUGCUGCCAAGAAGAGAAAAAAAGAUCUGCUGAAUAACAAAGCCAAGAUCCAGUAUUUCCACCAAGAGAAGUGGAUCUAUGUUCACAAGGGAAGCACAAAAGAGCGCCAUGGUUACUGCACCUUGGGAGAAGCUUUCAACAGGCUUGACUUCUCGAGCGCUAUCCUAGACUCCAGACGAUUCAACUAUGUUGUGAGGCUGUUGGAGCUGAUAGCAAAGUCUCAGCUGACGUCACUGAGUGGCAUUGCCCAGAAGAACUACAUGAACAUUUUGGAAAAAGUGGUGCAGAAAGUCCUUGAAGAUCAGCAGAACAUCAGGCUAAUAAGGGAAUUGCUGCAGACUCUCUACACAUCCCUCUGCACCUUGGUUCAACGUGUUGGCAAGUCUGUGCUGGUUGGAAACAUCAACAUGUGGGUGCACAGAAUGGAGGCUAUUCUCCACUGGCAGCAGCAGCUCAACAACAUCCAAAUCACCAGGCCUGCCUUUAAAGGAACUACUUUCACAGACCUGCCAUUGUGUUUGCAAUUAAACAUCAUGCAGCGACUGAGUGAUGGGAGAGACCUGGUUAGCCUUGGUCAAGUGGCUCCUGACUUGCAAGUGCUCACUGAAGACCGGCUGCUGUGGAAAAAACUCUGCCAGUACCACUUCACAGACAGACAGAUUCGUAAACGGCUAAUCUUAUCUGACAAGGGACAGCUGGAUUGGAAAAAGAUGUACUUCAAACUCAUAAGGUGUUACCCACGGAAGGAGCAGUAUGGUGAUACAUUGCAGCUGUGCAGGCACUGCCACAUCCUCUCCUGGAAGGGCACUGAUCACCCUUGCACAGCCAACAACCCGGAGACUUGCUCCACUUCUCUUUCACCACAAGACUUUAUCAACUUGUUCAGAUUCUGAACUUGGGUCACCACAGCUUUUGCGAUUCUUACAGGACACUUUAUGCCACUGAGCUUGGACACUCUAUUUGUAAAUAGUGUAAAUAUUCAUGUUUGUUUGAAGCUCCUGAGUCAAGGAACAAGAGUAUCUUGGAGACGAAAGGUGAAAUUGCUCACUGAUGCGCAACACUUAAGGAAUACAGACUUCCAUAGGACUGAUGUAUAAAUGCAGCAUGUUGUACAGAGUCCCUUUUUUCUGAUCAGAGUACAAGAUACAUGGCAGAAACUUCAUUUUUGUUUUUAGAAGUUUAAACUGAAUUUGUCCCGCAGCCAUUUGAGAACUUUCUUGGUUUGUUUCUAAAAAUUGAGAGAAAGCAAUAUGAGGCUAGGACUGUUGAACUGUUUCUCCAUCUGGUUUUAUUUAGCAUUCAUAUUUAUAAGUGUUUUAAAAAUAUUUAUGAAAAAUAUCCCUGUGACAAGUUUAAUAAUAAUUUUAUGUUUUUUAAAAAGACGCAUUCUGAAAUACUUAGCAUAGAACUCUAGCCUACUUACAAAAGAAAAUUGCACCAUACCAUUUUCUACCUCUAAUAGAUUGAGUACCUUUCAAACAAAAAUCCAGUGUACAAUGUGAACUUUUGUAUUUUGUACAAUGAUUUAAAGGGAAAUGUUUGUGAUAGGCAUCUUUUCUUGCAUUAAUGCUUACCUCUUUACAUUAAUUUUCUUGCUCUACUCAGUGCUUGAAUGCCUGGAUGAUAGGCACCAUAUGAAUACCUAAGAUUUUACUCCAUCCUCUUUUAAUUGGUUGGCUUUAUGAAGGACUAAGCAAAAGGAAAAAAGCCGCAAGGAUGAAAAUUAUGUAAAAGGGAGGAAGUCCUAUUGCAGAAAAGUAAGGGACUGGAUUUAGUCUCACAGUGUAAAUUCAUAUCCACUCCACUAAGUUACUUGCAUGGGUUGAAAUGCCAAGUGAGAUUAGAAUCUGGUUCUUCAAGCCCAUCUUUUCCUUAUUUUUCCAAUAUAUGCUGCUCUCUAUUCCCAUUGCUGUCAAAUGAAUUGAAUCAUCUUACAGCUGGUAAAAUGUAGGAAGAACUGGGCCAUUGAAUCUAGUGAAAUGAUGCAGUUCUUAAUCACUGAAAGAUUGGCAGCAUCCUGUUUAGUCUCAGACUACUGGAAUUUAGGGUGAUGUGAGAGACAGUACAAAGAAACCAGUUAGCGCUUUUCUAAAAAGCGCAGUCAGGACUGAGAUAACCAAGCAAUUUCCAACAUGACAACUUGACAUCUUCAAUUAUUUCUGCGUGCUAAAGAAAUAGAAAAGACCCGUGUAGUCCCAUUCUCCUUCCAGUGCUGACCACCUUUAUGGGAUCUUCUGAUACUAGCCUGGAGCUAAAUUUUUGGUCCUGUGGAGUAAGUGACCAGACUUGUGCUUCACUGUGGCAUAGACUUGGCUUUCAGUCCCCUCUGUUGUGUGUAAUUCUGCACUUUUCACUAAGUUGGAGCUGGAAGACUCUACCUAACAUACAAGAAUUGGAAAACCUGCAUUGGAAGGUUUUUGCCAGUAGAUUUCCUGUAUAGCACUUUCUCUGUGUGCGAUGUAAGCAGGGUACCUCAGGAGGAUAAAUAAUAGUGGGUUGUGUGUUACUAAGUACAAAGAAUUGUGAGGAAGAGGAGUACUCAGGACAAUUCAGGAAGAACUACUUGAGUUAAUUAUUGUUAAAUAUUCUGUUCCUUUUUUUUACAUUUUUAUAACUGACUUUCAACACUUUUCUGCAGCUGUUAUAUAUAAAAACUGACAGUAUUUGCAUUUUUGCAAACUAAAUCACUUUGCAUACUCUUGGAAUAGAUGCAAAAAGGGAAGGGAGGUGGAAGCCUUGGGAAGGGGAAAGCCAAGACAAUACUGACAAGAGCUGCCAUUCUGCUGUAUUCCAAAAGCAAAGAGGUUUUUUCUUCUGAAAAACUCUCUAGGAGCCAAAGCUACUCUUAACCAUGGCAGAGAGCUUGGCACUGUCCAGGGGAAAGGAAAAACAUGCUGGGUAGGGAACCUUCUCUAUCUUCAUGUUGGCACCCUGUCCAUCAGCUUGAUUGCUGGUGAAAAGCAUAAGCCUGCUGAUUAUAUUCAUGUCAACCGAAAGUGAUUUAAAAGCUGUUAUCUUGGAAAAAUGAACUUGAGCUUGUUGCGGGUAUUUCUUCAUGAGUGAAGGAGGCCAGUUUGUUUUCAUUCCCACACUGAUGCCAGUGGGUUAAUGAGGCUGAAAUUUGGCUUGGAGAAAGUGGGUGUUAAGGACAGGAACCUGUAAGUGAAGUAUUGCCACUGUAUUUGGAGAUUCUUGUUAUUUCCUCUUCUAGCAGUGAGAGGACUUGUGUGACCCUGUGCGUCCCGUCUCCAGCUCUGACUUUCGGCUGGUUUAUUUUGUAUACUUGCUUCCUCCAUCCAUCAUGAGUCAGCCUGUUGUGACUGGGGAUGCAAUGGUAUUUCAGAAUGAAAUGCUGGGUCAUCUUAAUAAUCUGCUUUAGUCUGAGGUUUUACUUACCAAAUAAAACUUACCCCCUGUGAGACAUUAGGUGAAUUUAAGGUCAGGUUUAAAUUUGGCCUAGUGCAUUCCCUGCCCAAUGAGACAGGCAAUCCCAGCGCUUGAAUGUGAUCUGGGAACGUCUUGGCUCCAACCUUUGCCUCUGUCAGCCCUUCCCUGGUCUUGAACAAAUAGUUGAUUUUGUCCCCUCUGCGUGGAUAAUACUGACAGUGUACCUGACAAGGUGCAACAGAGGCUCCUCUUUAGAAAAUGUGUUUCAAUUAGAGGUUUUUUUCCUGAUUUCUUAAUCCCCGUGUAGAUCUUAAAGGGUUGAAGUGCUGAGGAUUGAUUUGUUUGUGCAAACAAAACCACUUGUGUUACUCAUGUAGGGCCCUGCAACAUUGCUGUCAGUAUCCAAAGCAGCAGAAAACCAAGUAACUACUGAAUUAAAGAACAAAACUGACUGAACAAGUCUGCUAGCAAGAGAAUGUGCUUCAUUCAGUUAUUGCCUCAGUCAUUGUGGUUCUGCUACAGCAAUGCUCAAAUAAGACCUUGUGCUACAAUGGCUGGUACGGUGCAAUGCUGUAGUGAAUUCAGUACUAUCUUUUGUUUCAAACAAAAUGCUGUUUUCAUCCAAAGACCUUAGUCUAACCGCUUAAAACCAUCAGUACUUUAGCAGCUCAAAGGCAUCUGCUUGGCUUAGGAUGGCAGGGUAACAAAAACUACUGUAAUAACAUGGGUUUCUAGGCAGGGUAGUGCAAGGCUGCCCUUGCACAAAAAAAAACUAUUUUAGGACAAUUCUGGUAUAGCUAUUGUGAAUGGAAACAGGUUUUUACCUGUAUCUUGAAAAGGAAAUAUUUUUUCAAGUGGCAUUCACCUUUGAGCUAGCGGAUGUGUCUCCAUUAGGCGUGCAUUGGUUUCCACACUAUGAAAGGAGGGUUUUACUGUCUUUGGGCUUUUUCCUGUCCGCAUAAAUCCAAAAUAAGUGACUAUCGUCAGUGGAACAACUGUGUUAACCAGUGCAACAGUGUCGAAUGUGGUGCUGUAAAGAGGAAAAACGGAUCCAUGCUGGGAAGGAGGCUAAGAAAGGGAGACAGAUCUUAGUGUUUCUGCUUUCUAGAAGAGGCAAGUGUUUGGAGUUAACUUUAAUGUGAUAGCCCCUUCAAGAGGCACAGUUUCAGCUGUACAUACUUUAAGCUGUUUAUACUAACUAUGGGAUGGUAAAGUUUGAUAAAAUGUGUGCACCUCCUCUUACAUUGUUUGGGUUUCUUUUUUUUAUUGCCGAGUUUCUAGAUCCUUUUAUUUUGUAAAGUGAUUAGGAGAACUUGUGUUGCUCUGCAGACAUGCUUUGUAUGUAAACAUUUAAUUGCACCCUGCCACUUUCUGUAUAUGGGAAUAUCUUGUUUGUUUUUGUUUGCCCCCAGGUUUUGAACUCCAGUAGUGAGAGCUUGCGUUCCCAUUCGUGUUUGACUCUUGCAAAGCUAUCUCCUGCAACACAUGCAGGUAGUUAACCAGCUUUUCUUGCCCAGAAAAUUCCUUAGGCCUUAGUAGCUACUUUUGAAAUAGAGCAGGAACACUUCAAAUUCUGUCAAAUAGCUAAUAAAUCAGACGUGCUUAUCUUCUGUUCAGUACAGCAAACCAGCAUUGUCCUCUGGGGUUGUUCUUACAUACCUGCUGCACAGCUUCCCCAUGAACCAGCACCUUGCCAGAAAGAAAUAGCUUUAAUUUAAAGUGCCACUCUUUCUAGCUGGCCUGUGUGGGGGGUGGACAGAUGCCCUGUGGAGCUGAUGGCUGAUCGGUUUUAAAGACUGUUAGAAGGUUUGAGGCUGCAGUGUUGUGCUUGUCAUGGUUCACCCAGCUCAUUGCUUGUAAUAAUGCUUGUGAAGUGCUCUAAAGACGUGAGCAGUCAUCCACGCUGCUGUUGGUACGGGGCUGCCAGGGUACAUGAGAGUUUUUCUGAUUUGUAUCCCACACCUUCCUCCUGUGAUUUCAUUAGUAGUGAACAGGUUUUGCAGCAUCUGGCCCCAGGGAGAAUAAAUAUAUCUUGUCCUUGACAUAUGCAGUCUCUACCCUUGGGCACCAGAGAAAUUUCCCCCUUGGUUGACCAAGUGCUGCCUUUUCCCUCCUGGGAGGGCAGCUGAGGGUACAACUUGCAUUUCUGCAGCCAUUACAUGCUUUACAGAAUGCUAACAGGUCAGCUACAGAGAGAACACUUUAAUUUGAAAUAGCAAAUAUGCUAAUUUUUAGGAUCUACAGUAAUUAUAAAUACCUACUUAUAUAUGGAAGAGAGCUUGUGUUUCGUUUUGUUUUUUCCUUAAAGUUGUAACUAGAGAUGGUAUGAAGUGAAAGGCAUCCCUUGUAUCGUAUGACUUCUAUUUAAUAUUACUGUGUGGUUAAAAAUCCUUCCAUAUAAAUUUGCACACUUUUUCUCUUCCCUUGCAUGUUCAACUCUUUUUACAGCUGUUCUGUGCAGACAGUAAUGUAUUUUUGUAAAACAUUUUUGACACUGAAUUGCAAUAAAUGUUCAAACAAUGUGAA